AUGCUGAAGGCGUGCAGAAGCGGGAUACAAAGAAGAGGAGCAGCCAAGAUCAUCGCUCGGGAUCCGGAUUAUGCAAGGCUGAACGGCCAAGAUCUACAGUUCUUCGAGGGAAUCGUCGGCAAAGACAGGGUGCUGACGGAAAAUCUGGAGACCUAUAACAGUGACUGGUCCAAAUGGUAUACCGGAGCCUCCCAGUGUGUUCUACAACCCUCUACUUCCGAAGAAGUCUCCGCCAUUCUGCGCCAUUGUCACGAUCGGAGGAUUGCUGUUGUUCCUCAGGCAGGAAACACUGGUCUAGUCGGUGCCAGUAUCCCGGUCCACGAUGAAGUCGUCCUCUCUGUGAGGAAGAUGGACAAACACUUUGAAUUUGAUGAUCAUACAGGUGUCCUCUCCUGUGACGCCGGCCACAUUCUCGAGGAGCUGGAGAACAAGCUGGCCAAGUGGAACUACAUGAUGCCGUUUGAUCUGGGGGCCAAGGGUUCCUGCCUGAUCGGGGGUAACCUGGCUACUUGCGCCGGUGGUAUCCGGCUGCUUCGCUACGGUAGUCUACACGCUCAUGUGCUAGGCUUGACAGUGGUUUGCCCCGAUUCCAAGGGCUCAAUUCUCGAGCUUGGCAGUGGGUUGCGGAAGGAUAAUACUUCGCUUCAUUCUCACCACUUGUUUUUGGGGUCAGAAGGCCAACUCGGCGUCAUAACCGGCGUCAAGAUGACGUGCGUCACCCGCCCUUUGAGCGUGCAGAGCGCUAUGAUAGGCGCCAACACGUUCGAUGACUGCCGCAAAAUUCUGCGCAUCGCUAAGCAGAAGCUGGGCGAGAUUCUGUCUUCUUUUGAGAUGAUGGACAGGGAGACGAUGGGGGUUUUGAAGGAUAAUCUCGAAUUCGAGAAUGUGCUCCGAUCGGAUCCGCCGUUCAAUUUGUUGAUAGAGACCUCAGGUUCCAACGAAGCGCACGACCGCGAGAAGGUGGACAGCUUCCUGGAGCACUGUCUUUCCCAGGGUCUAGCCAUGGAUGGAGUACAAGCCCAAUCCCACGAAGAAGCUCGUCUAAUGUGGCGGCUCCGGGAAUCGGCUACCAUUGCCUUGACGAUGGAUGGCCAAGUGUUCAAGCAUGAUGUCUCGCUGCCACUUGAUCAUUUCUAUCGACUGACUGAAGAGGUCCAAAAGCGUGUGGGCAACGUUGCAAAACGGGUGGUGACGUACGGGCAUAUGGGAGAUGGGAAUAGCCAUCUGAAUUUGACGUCGACCAAGGAGAAAGCGGAGGAAUUGUAUCAAGUCCUCUACCCCUUCGUCUACGAGUGGGUGGUGAAGCACGGCGGCUCGAUUUCGGCUGAGCAUGGGAUUGGUCAACUCAAACGUCCGUAUGCGAAUUUCGGCAAGCCGCCCCGGGAGCGCGAGCUGGUGAAGGCGCUCAAGGCCGUCUUCGACCCCAGAUCGAUCCUUAAUCCUUACAAAUUUAUU